GCUUCAGAAGGAGUUGAUGUCUCUCAUGAUGAGUGGAGGAGAUCUUGGAGUAUCGGCUUUUCCUGAAGGUGAGAGCAUUUUUACAUGGGUUGGCACAAUCGAAGGUGGAAAAGGAACCAUGUAUGAGGGUUUUUCCUACAAGCUUUCUUUGCGUUUCCUUUCAAGCCACCGCAGGUCAAGUUUGAGACAAUGUGCUUCCAUCCAAAUGUUGAUCAGUUUGGCAACAUAUGUCUUGAUAUCUUGCAGUUCUUGGUAGCGAGCUUUUGUCAGUGGAAUUAAGUUGUAAUGGCUAAAGAGCGUUCCUUGGAGGAAACACCGACAUGGGCUGUUGCUGUGGUCUGUUUUGUGUUGCUUGCAGUUUCGAUCGUCAUUGAACGAAUGAUCCACCUCAUAGGAAAGUGGCUAGCAAGGAAACACAAGAGAGCUCUAGUUGAAGCGCUUGAGAAGAUUAAAUCUGAGCUUAUGCUGCUGGGAUUUUUAUCCUUGCUCCUAACUGUGCUGCAAGGAACAAUCUCUGAUAUAUGCAUAUCACAAAGUGUUGGAGCCACUUGGCAUCCCUGCAAAUAUAAUAAGUCAUCAAAAUCUGGAAGUAAUGGUAGGAAACUUCUUGAGUUCUUCAAUCACAGGCGCAGAUUAGCAGUAAAAGGAAAUGAUUACUGCACAGAGAAGGGAAAAGUAGCCUUUGUGUCUGCAUAUGCGAUUCACCAACUGCAUAUUUUUAUCUUUGUGUUAGCAGUUUUUCAUGUGCUCUACUGCAUUCUUACCUUGGGAUUUGGAAGAUACAAGAUGAGAAAAUGGAAGGUUUGGGAGGAGGAGACAAGAUCAAUUGAAUACCAGUGCCAUAAUGAUCCAGAAAGGUUUAGGUUUACAAGGGAUACAUCAUUUGGGCGAAGACAUUUGAACUUCUGGAGCAAGUCACCAGUCUCCAUUUGGAUUGCCUCUUUCUUCAGGCAAUUUUUCCACUCAGUUACUAAGGUUGAUUACUUAACUUUGAGGCAUGGAUUUAUCACGGCACAUUUGGCACCAGGAAGCGAGUCAACGUUUGAUUUUCGGAAGUACAUAACCAGAUCACUUGAAGAGGAUUUCAAAGUUAUUGUGGAGAUCAGUCCAGUUAUAUGGUUCUCUGCAGUGUUGUUCAUGCUGUCCAACACAUACGGAUGGCAUUCUUAUCUUUGGCUACCAAUCAUCUCUUUAACUAUAGUCCUACUGGUUGGAACCAAAUUGCUAGUGAUUAUAACAAAGAUGGGGCUGAGGAUUCAGGAGAGAGGGGAUGUGGUGAAGGGUGCACCUCUUGUUCAACCCGGCGAUCACCUCUUCUGGUUCGGAAGCCCCCGUCUCAUGCUCUUUCUCAUCCACUUUGUUCUCUUUCAGAAUGCAUUUCAACUGGCCUUCUUUGCAUGGAGUACAUAUCAGUUUGGGAUAAAAUCUUGCUUCCACCAGCGCACUGAAGACAUUGUCAUCAGACUCUCAAUCGGGGUCAUGGUACAAGUUUUAUGCAGUUAUGUGACUCUGCCUCUCUAUGCUCUAGUAACACAGAUGGGUUCGACCAUGAAACCUACCAUUUUCAAUGAGGAAGUGGCAGCAGCUGUGGAAAAUUGGCACCACAAAGCCAAAAAGAACGCGAAACACAACCACCAUUCACCGUCAACCAUCCCAUUUUCAACCAUGCCACCAACUCCCACGCAAGGCAUGUCCCCAGUUCAUCUGCUGCACAACCACAACUACCGCAGCAAUGACGAUGGAUUUAUCACACCUCCGAGGGGAUCAAACCUUGAGAUGGAUCACUGGGGCACUGAAGGGUCCUCACAUUCACCAAACAACAAUGUUGGACCUUGCGAUGGGGAUGAGAUUAUGCAAAUCAACGACAUUGGGGAUCUGGAUCAAGAGCCUGGCUCAGCAGAACUGGCUCGCGCGCCGCGUCGUACUCGGUCACAGCAUGAAAUUGAGAUUAUUUCAUCUAAUUUUUCAUUUGGGAAAGGCAGCUGAACAAGUUGAUGGUGUUGGAUCAUAGGACUUGUUGCUUCCUCCUCUCUCUCUCUCUCUCUCUCUCUCUCUCUCUCCCCGUUUUUGGUGCAUUAUUUGGUUGAGCAUUUGCAGCAAUAGUGGCUAGGAAUAGGUUCCACUAGAAAAAAUGCCCGCACGAUGCUGCGGGAUUUGAAUGCAUCACCUUGAACUGUAUUGUACAAUUAACAGGACGAAACGGAACGCUUUGGUUCCCUAAUAAAUAGAAGAAAUAGAAGUAACAUAUAGUUUACA